AUGAACAUAUUUCUUAACAAAUGUUCCUGCUUACAAACAACAAGUUUUAUCCAACUGUGUGGUGGUGAUCAUUAUAUGAGCUUGCAGCAGCGAAAUUAUUCUAUCAGGAGAAAAAAUUAUAAAUUUCCGGAGCUAAAGCCGGAAGAGCUGGAGGAGUCAUUUGUCAGAGGAAGUGGACCUGGAGGGCAAUCAGUCAACAAGACGUCCAACUGUGUAGUGCUGAAACAUAUACCAUCAGGAAUAGUUGUCAAGUGCCAUGAGACAAGGUCACUUGAAGACAACAGGAAGCUAGCCCGGCAAAAGCUGGAAGAGAAGCUGGAUCAGAUGUGGAAUGGUGAUGAGUCUUUCGUCAGCCAAGUCUCAGCAGACGGCGCUAAGCACAAACAGGAAAAGAAACGUCGUGCUAAAAAACGUCUUGAACUUAAGCAAGCUUUCAAAGAGAGAGAGGGCUUGGAUUAA